CACCUGGCGGCGGCGGCGGCGGCGGCGGCGGCGGCGGCGGCGGCGGCGGGAUGGAGGGCGCGGGGGGCCCGUGGGCGCUGGGGCUGCUGCGCACCUUCGAGGCGGCGGAGUUCGCGGGCUGGGAGAAGGUGGGCUCGGGCGGCUUCGGGCAGGUGUACAAGGUGCGGCACGUCCACUGGAAGACAUGGCUGGCCGUCAAGUGCCCGCCGGGCCCGCACGCCGACGACAGGGAGCGGCUGGAGCUGCUGGAGGAGGCGCAGAAGAUGGAGCUGGCCAAGUUCCGCUACAUCCUGCCCGUGUACGGCAUCUGCCGGCAGCCGGCGGGGCUGGUGAUGGAGUUCAUGGAGACGGGGUCCCUGGAGCGGCUGCUGGCCACGGCGCCCCUGCCCUGGGCCCUGCGCUGCCGUGUGGUGCACGAGACGGCCGUGGGCAUGAACUUCCUGCACUGCAUGCGCCCCCCGCUGCUGCACCUGGACCUGAAGCCCGCCAACAUCCUGCUGGACGCGCACUACCAUGUCAAGAUCUCGGACUUCGGGCUGGCCAAGUGCAGCGGGCUGGCGCACUCGCAGGAGCUGAGCAUGGACGGGCUGUUCGGGACGGUGGCCUACCUGCCCCCUGAGCGCAUCCGUGAGAAGAGCCGCCUGUUUGACACCAAGCAUGACGUGUAUAGUUUCGCCAUCGUCAUCUGGGGAGUCCUCACGCAGAAGAAACCCUUUGCAGAUGAGAAGAAUAUUCUGCACAUUAUGGUGAAGGUGGUGAAAGGGCACCGGCCCGAGCUGCCCCCUGUGUGCCGAGCCCGGCCCCGCGCCUCCGGUCGCCUCCUCAGCCUCAUGCAACGGUGCUGGCACGGGGACCCCCGGGAGAGGCCCAGCUUCCAAGAAAUCACAUCAGAGACCGAGGAGCUGUGUGAGAAGCCAGACGAGGAGGUGAAGGAGGCGGCCCCGGAGCUGGAGGGGAAGAGCCUCCCGCAGCCCAAUAGCGAGGCGCCCGUGCCCAGUGCCCUGCAGCGGGCGUCGGCACCCACGCUGGACCAGGACUGCAGCCUGUCGGAGCUCCUCUCCCAGCUGGACUCGGGCAUCUCGCAGAGCCUGGGGGCCCCCGAGGAGCUGGGCCGCAGCGUCUCCGCGUCCAGGCUCCCGGCCCCCGGCGGCGACAAGAGGCUGUCGGGGGUGUCGUCCGUGGACUCGGCCUUCUCCUCCCGGGGCUCCCUGUCCCUGUCCUUUGAGCGGGAGCCCCCCGCGGCCGACCCUGCGAGCCCCUCGGACGCGCAGAAGAAGAAGCUGGUGGAGGCGGUGGUGAGCGGCGACACGGGCCGGCUGCUGAAGAUCCUGCAGCCGCAGGACGUGGACCUGGUGCUGGAGGGCGGCGCCGGCCUGCUGCACCUGGCCGUCGAGGCCGGCCAGGACGACUGCGUCAAGUGGCUGCUGCUCAACGACGCGGACCCCAACCUGCGCGACGCGCGGGGCGCCACCCCGCUGCACCUGGCGGCCGGCCGCGGGGCCAGGGGCGCCCUGGAGCUGCUGCUGGCGCGCAGGGGCAGCGUGCGGGCGGCCGACGAGGACCGCUGGACGGCGCUGCACUUCGCGGCGCAGCGCGGGGACGAGGCCUGCGCCCGGCUGCUGCUGGAGCGCGGCGCGGGGCCGCUGGACGCCGACUGCGAGGGCCGCACCCCGCUGCACCUGGCCGCCCAGCACGGCCGCGAGGGGCUGGUGCGCCUGCUGCUGCGCCGGGGCGGCGCGGCGGGCGCCCCGGGCAAGGACGCCUGGCUGCCGCUGCACUGCGCCGCCUGGCAGGGCCACCUGGCCAUCGUGCGCCUGCUGGCCAAGCAGCCCGGGCCCGGCGCCGCCGCCGCCACCGCCGCGGGCGUGGACGCGCGCACUGCCGACGGCCGCACGGCCCUGCACCUGGCGGCCCAGCGCGGCCACUACCGCGUGGCGCGCCUGCUGGCCGACCUGGGCGCCGACGUGCAGCUGCCGGGCCGGGCCGGGCGCUGCCCGCUGCACGUGGCGGCCGAGACGGGCCACACCAGCACCGCGCGGCUGCUGCUGCACCGGGGCGCCCGGCCCGAGGCGCGCACGGCCGACGGCUCCACCGCGCUGCACCUGGCGGCCCGCGGCGGCCACCUGGCCACGGUGCGGAUGCUGCUGGAGGAGCGGGUGUGCGCGGGGGCCCGCGGGCCCGGGGGGCGCACGGCGCUGCACCUGGCGGCCGCGGCCGGCCACGCCGAGCUGGUGGAGGAGCUGGCGGGCGCCCCCGGGCUGCUGGACCUCUGCGACGAGCAGGGCCUGACCGCGCUGCACCUGGCCGCCCGUGGCCACCACGCCGCCGCCGUGGGCGCGCUGCUCAGGCGGGGCGCCCACGUCAACAUGCAGAGCCUCAAGGCCCAGGGCGCACCCGGCCCCGAGUCGGGCACCGAGACGGGCACCGAGAUGGGCACCGAGACGGGCACAGAGACGGGCUCGGAGAUGGGCACCGAGAAUGGCCCCGAGACGGGCACGGAGACGGGCCCCGAGACGGGCCCUGAGACGGGCACCGACGGCCUGCGGAGAAGCGACACCUAGCCCGGCCCGUCCUCGGUGGCCCGUCCCUCCAAGGGGACGGGAGGACUCGGCGUGUGCCCCCCGCCCGGCGGCGGCGACCGGGGGGUGGGGGGCCGGGCGGCCUCUCGUGUUGCAAACCCUCCGGCCGGGCGUGGGACCCCGCAACUGGGAGGGUGCGCCCGGUACCCCUGCACCGGAGGGACGCGAGCCAGAAGCGGGCUCUGCGGUGUCUGGCCAUGUCUGCCGGGUGACAGUCACCGUGCGUCGCGACCCCCAGGCUG